AUGCGUCACAACGUACUUCUAGUCGCUGCAGGGCUCAUUUGCAGCCCGAUACUCGCAGCACCCAAUGUCAACAACCGACUCCAUCCCCGCAGAGGCCACCGUCAACGGCAAGUUGACACGCCAAUCUUGUCCGUGGGCCCCCCGUUCCGACCUCCGUUCUACGGCCCGCCCCCCGACGACGUGAGCGCGGCUGCGGUUGAUACGUCCACGGUGUCUCCGGACACCACAACCACCGUCAUCGUUGAUCCUUUGCUUCCUCCCAUCCCCACCACCACAAGCGCAUGUUCCGUGAUUAGGAUCACAGAGUACGUCACCGUGUACGGUACGAGCUCGCCCACAUCAUCCCCUGGGAACUUCACUUCUGCGCCCUAUGGGAACUCUUCAGCCACCUCGUCGUGGCUCCUGACUGGGACUGCCGUGACCACAACGACAAGCCAGCCCUACUUCCCCAUCUCCAACUCGACCACUUCGACAGCCCCCUUUGGCACGGACGGUACCGGCUCUCCUACCUUCGUCAACCUCACCUCCUCGGUCUCUACUACGACCGUGCUGGCCCCCACAAACUUCACAUCGUUCCCCAAUAUCAGCACGCCAGAUGUCACGCCCACGCCCAUUCCGACCUCCUCCUCGAUCGAUAUCCCAGGGAACUUCACCUCCUUCGCCAACGUCACCUCCACACCCGAGAUCAGCAUCCUGCCCAUCCCGACCCCCUCGUUCGCAAACGUCUCGUCCGUCCCGGCCUCCACGACCGCAGAGGAGCCCACGUCAUCGGACGGCCCGACGGUGACGUCCAUCAUCAUCCCGCCCACUGAGACAACCGUCAUAGUGCCGGGGGUGUCCUCGACGGCCACGACGAUCACCUCGCUCGUCAUCGACCCGACUGAGACCCCGAUCGAGGUGGCGACGUCGACAGCGACCUCAACCUCGGGGACGCUGGUCAUCGUCACGACGCUGACCCCGAUCGCCACGGCGAGCUCCACGCCGUCAGAGUUCCCGACGACGGUCGUCACAGCCACCGACACGGUCUCGUCGAACGCGCCGACGGGCACCCCGUCCCCGGGUAUCAUCCACUGCGGCAUCAGGGGCACCGCCAUCGGCGUGUACUACCUCGCCACCUACGCCUACAACAGGGCCAACGUCCCCGUGACGCUCCAGGGUUGCUACCAGUUCUGCAGCGUCGCCGUCGAGCAGUGCUACAGCUACGAGUUCUACCUGGAGCCCGGCUUGGGGGCCCCAAGGUGCAAGCUGUACGGCGGUCUCGUGGCAUACGAGGUCUCGUCCAUCGACCCCUUCCAGCCCUACCAGUGGUUCGACGUGGCGUGCGGCGACCCAACCAAGUUCGGCACAUGA